AUGGAGGAUGAAGUGGUGAGAAAGUCUCUACUUGUAAAACAAGAGGCGAGUAGUAACACAGUAGAUAAUGGCAAUGGCCAUGCUGGUGAUGGUGCUAAUACUAAUGGUGGUGCUGCUGUUCGGCCAAGUGAUUCCAGUGCCACAGCUAUUCUCGUUAUCAGCACCAUUGUGGCAGCUUGCGGUGCCUUCACUGGUGGCAGUGUUGGUUUGUUGGGCGACCCAACUGAUCAUUAUCUCGCUGCACUGCGUACAACUAUCCGAUGUAUCAGAGACCCUCAGAAGUACUAUGCAAAGGUGUUGCGUACUGCCAUCAAUACGGUAGGAACUGAUGAAGAUGCUCUCAGCCGUGUGAUCAUCACUCGUGCAGAAAAGGAUUUGAAGGACAUCAUGAAAAUCUAUUUUAAGAGAAACAAUGUUACUUUGGAGAAUGCCAUAGAGAGGGACACAUCAGGAGACUACAAGGCAUUUCUUCUUGCCUUAUUGGGGAAGGAUGAGCUUUAG